UGCAACUGUUAAUCUCUUUAGUAAUAAUGCUUCAGCCCAUAAGCAUCUUGUUAAAAAACAGCAUGCAACUCUGUGAUGGUCUUUGUUGGGCUAAUGAGCCUUUGCCUUCAUAGGCUGGGAAUGUAAACCCCUUUGCUCUUUAGCCUAAAUCCUGUUGGGAGCCUUUUUGUGCGGAAGAACUGCUCCAGUUUUGCUGGGGGAAGGAAUUUGCCUGAAAAGCCCUGCUGUGUUUUUUGAAUGGCAAGUUUGAUCUGGAGGGAAAUUCCCAACUUUCUUUUCCUUGCAAUGUUUCUGAAUGAUUCCACUAACUCUUCAGAAAGCGAACAUGAACCUCAUUCAGCUUUUACUCCGACUGAGCACAAAAUAGUUGCGGCUUAUUUGAUAACAGCAGGAGUCAUAAGCCUUCUCAGCAAUAUUAUCGUAUUGGGCAUCUUUGUUAAAUACAGGGAACUCCGGACAGCAACCAAUGCCAUCAUUAUCAACCUGGCUUUUACUGACAUUGGAGUGAGUGGGAUUGGUUAUCCCAUGUCAGCAGCUUCAGAUCUUCAUGGCAGCUGGAAAUUUGGCUAUGCAGGCUGCCAGAUCUAUGCUGCUUUAAAUAUCUUUUUUGGAAUGGCAAGCAUUGGUUUGCUUACUGUGGUAGCAAUUGAUCGCUACCUGACAAUCUGCAGGCCCCAUAUAGGUAGAAGCCUCUCUGCUCGCAACUACACAACCCUGAUUCUUGCUGCCUGGAUUAAUGCAGUCUUUUGGGCCUCCAUGCCUGUGGUGGGCUGGGCAAGCUAUGCUCCUGAUCCAACUGGUGCCACCUGUACUGUAAACUGGAGAAAAAAUGACAUAUCCUUUGUUUCCUUCACCAUGUCUGUAAUUGCUGUAAAUUUUGUCGUCCCCUUAUCGGUCAUGUUUUACUGCUACUACAAUGUCUCACAAACCAUGAAGCAGUACGCCAGAAGCAAUUGUCUAGAAAGCAUUGAGACAGACUGGUCUGAUCAAGCUGAUGUAACCAAGAUGUCUGUUGUCAUGAUUUUAAUGUUUCUGUUGGCUUGGUCUCCAUAUUCUAUUGUCUGUUUAUGGGCAUCUUUUGGAGACCCGAAGAAAAUUCCCCCAGCCAUGGCAAUCAUAGCACCGCUCUUUGCAAAGUCGUCCACAUUCUAUAACCCCUGCAUUUAUGUCAUUGCAAACAAAAAGUUUCGAAGGGCAAUCCUUGCUAUGGUUCGAUGUCAGUCUCAACCAGAGAUGACUGCUACCAGCGCCUUACCAAUGAGCGAGCCUCAAAGCUCAAUCGCAUAAAGAAACUGCUGGAAAACAC